AUGAUUGAGAUGGAUCAAGAAAUCCAAAGAGCGUGGACACGGCAUCAGUUCGACCCUGACAGGUUCACUUCCGAGUCGGUAAAGGAAAAGUGCAGACGAAUCCUGGAAGAGGUUCGCCUCGAGGAAGAACGCGAGCGGAAACUUCGAGAGCGGAGGAGGGAUCUCGAUGUAGAGAUACGGGAGAUUCAAGACAGAUACUUACACCAUUAUCCGUACCAUGAUCUGGUUCGUCGUCGUACGCAGGCAGCGGCUGAGGGUACGGAGGCUAAAGGCGAGGCGCAGGAGCCUGAGGCUGCGGACGACAAAAGUGGUCCAUCAAUAGUCUUUGCAGAGUCGCUACUCCUCUUAGCCCACCCCAACGACAAGCUGAUCAGCAUGGCAGACGAUGACUGGACAUACCGACGUCGAAGGAUCCCGAUCACCAAAGGAUGGGGGCCUUGUAAGAGAACUUACUGGGUACCUGUCGAUGAGCACUACCGUGGCAAUGACGGUCGGAGGACGCGGACGCUCUCCAGAACAAUAGGACUUGAUCCCGAUGCAUUGCCUGAAAGAAGAAGAGGAGGGGUAUACUACCUCGAUGACGACUAUGAGCCUAGAGACUACGCAGGGUUCCGUGAGAUCAUGCACGAUGACAGAGCCGGCCGUGAUGAACGCGUUCAGCAGCGAUAUCCAGACGAAGGAUGGAACGCGGUAUGGCCGUGGCAACCACCCAUACCGUGGGAUGCCCUAGACCCGGCCAUAGCAGAGGACCUGCAGCAGUUGGAAAACAUGCGAGCUCAGCAACACCAGGAGCGCAUGGAUCGACAGAACCAGGAAAUCAAUGAAAUAGACGGUCGGGCUGUUCAACACAUUCAGGGGAUGCAGGAGAAUCAGCAAGAGGGAGGGGACGAGGGCAGACUCCAACGACUGCGAGCUGAGAUGGCAGCCGAUGAUGAGAAUCGAAGAAGACGGCGAGAAGAGGAUGACAGACGAGAACACCGAAUGGAGCGAGCCCGUCGUGAGCAGUAUCAUUGGGAGCAAGAGAGAGAUCGAGACCGAGAGCGGCGGGCGAGACGGAGAGGAAGGCCACAGGGCCGAUGGGGGCGAUUGGAUCGGUGGUAA